GAAGCAGAGAAGUUAGUUUCAUUUAAAUUGGCUGGUAUCAAUCGAAUCUCAAUUGGAUUACAAGCAUUGAACCAAACUGACCUCAAGAUAUUGGGACGUGAUCAUUCCGUGAAGGAAUCUAUCCGUGUUUUACACAAAGCCAAGAAACUCUUCCCAGGUCGUACCUCAAUAGAUUUGAUGUUUGCAAGACCUGGACAGACAGUUGCAUCAUGGCUGAAAGAACUAGAGGAAGUUAUAAUGUAUGCAGAUGAUCACAUCUCUCUUUAUCAGUUGACUUUAGAGCGAGGAACAGAAUUGUUCAAGUGGUAUCAGCAAGGGCAAAUAUCUGUCCCAGAAAGCGAUGUCUCUGCAGAAAUGUACAAAGCAGCCGUUUGUAUCCUAGCUGAGGCUGGGUAUGAAAGGUAUGAGGUGUCAAACUUCGCAAAACCUGGUUCUGAAAGCCAACACAAUCAAGCUUAUUGGUCAGGAAGUCAAUAUUUAGGUGUUGGACCUGGGGCACAUGGGAGAUUUGUGCCCCUGAACCAGGAUAAGUAUCCAGAUACAUCAGUACAGAGAGGAACAAAGCCUGAUGGAUUAACAGGUGUCAGUGAUGAAGGUUAUUCAGAAAUUGUUUUUAAAAGUGAUCAAUCUGGGUUACCAAUGCGUGAAGCAAGGAUUCAGACACUAGAACCGUUACCAUGGAUGAAGGAGGUCCAUAGAAAUGGGCACGGAACCAGAAGAAGAGUGAAACAGAGUGUUCGGGAAAUAUUACAAGAAUUGAUCAUGCUGGGAUUGAGAACUAAAAGAGGAAUAUCAAACAACAAAUGGCUUGAACAUUCUGGUAGAAUUUCUUUGAGGCAAAUUUUCCAGAAAAAUGAAGCAGUUAAGAUUUUGGAAAAUCAUGGAUUGGUUAAAAUAUCUGAUGGAUAUCUGAAACCAACUGCAGCAGGUUUAACAGUCGCUGAUAGCCUGACUACGGAACUAAUUCUUGCUCUUGAUGAAUAUAUCAAGAUAUCCAGCAAAUAAUCUUUAAAAAAAAAUUUUUUGUUCGACAACUACACAAUGGAAAGACAUUUUUAUUUCUUUAUCAACCGAGGUGUAUUGAUAGUGUAACAAAAUGGUGCAGU